AUGACCGAUCCUGCACAGGAGCACCUGGAAUUUGGAUCACCAGGAAUAAAAGGCGAACCUGGUACACCAGGAGAGCGAGGCCCACCUGGAAUACCAGGAAGCCUGGGACCUCCUGGUUUCCCAGGUCCUCAGGGCCCAUCUGGUUUAUCUGGUCAGCAGGGUGAGCGAGGGUCCCCUGGCCUCCCAGGGAUGAAAGGUGAGCAGGGGCCCCCAGGGACACCAGGCUAUCCAGGAACCAUGGGACCACCUGGACUGCAUGGGCUGAAGGGUGAACGUGGGAGCCCAGGAAGCAGUGGUCAAAAAGGAGAAUCAGGUCCUCCAGGUAUUCCUGGGUAUCAAGGACAGGCUGGGGCACCGGGCACUAAAGGAGACACAGGACCAGCAGGACCUGCUGGUGAAAAAGGGGAUCAGGGUUUCCAAGGACAACCAGGUUUCCCAGGACCACCGGGUCCACCAGGUCCUACUGGCAAAAGUGGAAGGGACGGGCUGCCUGGGCUCAAAGGUGAAAAAGGCAAUGAUGGUGGUCCAGGCUCUCAGGGACCAACUGGGCCCUCAGGUCCACCAGGCUCCCCAGGACUGAUGGGCCCACCUGGUAUUGAAGGAAUGGAUGGGAAAGAUGGUAAACCAGGGCUACGGGGAGAGACAGGCCCUCCUGGCCCAGCAGGACCAAGAGGAAUUCCAGGAUUCAAAGGGAAAACUGGCCAUCCUGGCUUCCCUGGACAGAAGGGUGAUGUUGGACCUGCAGGUCCACCUGGACCACCAGGCAGACCAGGACAUGAGGGUGAUCCUGGUACCCCAGGUGCUCAGGGGCGACCUGGACCCCCCGGCCACGUUGGUUCUACAGGUCCAGCUGGACCACCAGGACCUCCUGGUUCAUCAGGAGUGGGUAUAAAGGGAGAUAAGGGCCAGGCUGGUGAGAGGGGUCUCCCAGGAAUGGUAGGACCCCCAGGACAACCUGGUCACCCAGGGCCUGUGGGAGAGCCAGGCAAUGAUGGUGCUGCUGGUAAAGAUGGAGCAGCAGGUGUACCAGGGGGCACUGGACAGCCAGGUCAAAAGGGUGAACCAGGGGCCCAAGGCCAAAGGGGUCCUGCAGGCGAGAGAGGUAGACCGGGGCUUCCCGGUGGUGGUGGAUACCAGUCUAAGGAUGCACAGCCAAUGAUUGGUCCAGUUGGACCCAGAGGGGAAAGGGGAAGUCCAGGCUCAGAUGGUGCCCCUGGGCUCCCUGGACCUCCAGGGUCCCCAGGAAAUGAUGCUGUAGUCAAUUAUGAUGAAAUCAAAAACUUCAUCCGCCAGCAGGUCAUCAAGAUCUUUGAUGAGAGAAUGGCAUACUACAUGUCUCGUGUACAAAUGCCAGUAGAGAUGGUAGCAUCACCUGGUCGGCCAGGGCCCCCAGGGAAAGAUGGAACUCCAGGUAAUCCCGGGACCCCAGGUGCACCUGGCCUCCCGGGACAGAUCGGCAGACAAGGCCGGCCAGGACCCCAAGGUCUCCCAGGGCCACGAGGACCUCAGGGUGAUAAAGGAGAUAAGGGUGUUGGAGAGAUGGGAGAUGUUGGACCUCCAGGAGCACCAGGUGUCCCAGGCCCGCCAGGCUAUGGCAAGAUGGGACCCCCAGGUCCAGUUGGCCAGCAGGGUGUUCCUGGGAUCCCAGGACCUUCUGGACAGCCUGGUGCAAAAGGAAACGAUGGCCGGUGUAAUCCUGCAGACUGUAUGAGCCAUCAAGUAGACUACAGCCCCAAGGGCCCACCUGUCAAGGGCCCCUGGUAGAGGGGUAAAGGUGAUGAAUGAGAUCGGCAGAGGGAACUAAAACAGACUACAGAGAAGACACUAUGACCCAAAGAUUUCUGAGCAAAUGUCCACGGUUUCUGAGGGCCCCACUGGAACUGAGGUAUGCAAAGACACACCAUGAGCACAGUUUUAUUGCAUCAGUCCUUUCCCAUAUGAAUGUCAAUUUACUGCUAUAUUAUUGCCGCAUAUUGUUUUUACAUAUUUUUUUGUCACUGUUUCCCAUGGGAUGUGGCAAGAAUCACAAUCUGUAUUUUUUUUUUAUUCUGACCUCUUUGUUGCCGUUGUUUUGUUUUUGUUUUUUGUUUUUUUUGUUUUGUUUGUUUUUUCAAUUUUCUUUGCCUAAAACCAUGUUAACAUGUAUUGGCAUACUUUGCUUCUCCCUCUCAUGUCUUUGUUACUUUUUCACAAAAUCUCAUUUCAAGUGAAUCCCAUGCAUUUCUAAUAUUCUGUCUGUGUUUUUGAGGUGUGAUCCAUACCUAAAUUUGACUUGCAAGAGAAUAUCCCCAGGAAUGUAUUUCAGUUCUGCAUUCAUAUCCUCUUUGAUGGAUUACUGAUCUGUAUACAUAUAUAUAUAUACACACAUAUUUAUAUAUAAUGGAUUUUUAUACUGGUUAAAGGAAUUAGCAUGGCUAUCCACUUACUUUUCAUGGUUAUACAGCAGUAAAAAUACCAAAGGAGUAUUUUUAUUAAGGUCUAUAAGCUUUCAAAAUGGAAUAAUAUGUUCAGUGAAAGAAAUUAUUUAUAGAUGAAAACUGCUACACAAGAAAGUGUAUUGGCUUUUGUAAUUAUGUAGCUAAAGUUCAUUUUGUCUUUUUGGAAAUACAGCCAUUUUAAAGCAUCACAUUUUUAUUUUUUAUUCUAAUGUAGCUCUAAUGACCAUCUGUCUGCUUCAUUUGUUGUUUUAUAAGAUACGAGCAGUAAUUGAGCCCGUUCACCACAGGUACUGUAAUGCAACACACUGAUUACAGCCACCAAGCCUUCACAGCCAUAUGUAAGGGUAAAGAACAUAUUUGGAGAAGUGCUGUAAUUUGGGGUUGCUAUCUGUUAUUUUUACUAUUUUUGUCCUUUAUUAAUCGUCAUCUCUUAUCAUCCCCAUAGUUUAUUCAGCAGUGUAAGUUAUGUGCUGGGGUCAGGCUUUUGUUUUUCUAACCAAUGGGAAAUGUUAAAACUGAAUUAAAAUGCUUUUUAAAGAGGCUGUAGCCUAUCAUGUUAUCAUUAUCAACCUAUUUGUUGUCUGAAAUAGUGUUGAACAGACAUGUAAAAAAUGUAUGCUGAUGUAUUACUAUCAUUGUGGCACAACUCAUCAUGUCCCUUACUAAUGUUUACCUUUGAAAGAGCAGAAUUAUAAAAUACAAAAUGAUAUG